AUGCUCGCGCCGGACGCUAUAUUAUACUAUGCCCUCCAUUUCCUUUCGAUACUACCAUCGUUCUGCUUGCUCAUAGCCUACAGGCGAUAUCCUACAAUAUCAUGUUAUUCCGUCACUCUCCUCCUGGAUUCCAUAAUAUCGGGUGUAAUAGGUUUAAUCAUAAGCACCUUGGAUAAUGGAAUGCGGAUAUGUCACAUUCAGGCGGUGUUGAUUACUUACGUGAUCUGCAGCUUAGCAAUAUGGCCGGCAUGCAUUGAAUUCACCACUUGGAUUGGGUGGAAUUACGAUGUGUACGAAAGAGAACCAGUAGACGAUGAGAGACAGAUGAGAGGUUUAAUGCACGCUAGAGAGGGUGCACGUAGACAGAUGACAAAGAAGCUGUUAUAUGGGUGUAUGGGUGCAGGGUGGUUAUUCCCGACUUUUAUCGCAUUACUCAUGGUUUUAUUGGUGAGAGAUGUGACAUUUGAACCUUGGAGCUAUCAUUGCACAAUUUCUAAACGUAACCUACCGUUCGCGUUCACACAAUUCUUCACCUCAAAAAUAAUCAGAGUAUUAGGUGUUUUUUUUAUAUGCCUGUUAGCCAUGACUGCUACCAUAAUAUUUUCAGUAUUGAACGCGAUGCUAAUAAGAAGACACCGAAAUGCGAGUCGAGGAAUAACUGAUAUUUCGCUGCAUAAAAGAAUUCCUAUAUUUGGUAUCGCUGUUUCGAUUCUACUGUUCAUUUCUUUAGUGAUGGAAUUGAUUUGCACCCUUGCCGAAUCUUCUGUCAAAUCCAUGGGAACUUGGCCCGACUUUUUAAUGGCCCUGCUACCAUACAUGACGUUUCUAAUCUUGGGAACAAAUUUAAACUUCCGAAUGAACAGUUCUGCGUCACUUUCCGGUUCUAUUCACAUUUCGCUAGAAGGUUCAUCGAUCAUUGAUGUUCACGAGAGAUCAAUUACACCUUCAGGUAUACAAGAAAACUCUCUAUCGCCGCAACAAAUACAAGAAAAUCUAUCAUCAUCACCAAUGUCAAAAAUAAUGCAGGAAAAAAAUCAAGUCCAAACGACGCUGUCCUAUUUAUCCUCAACAGGUCCAUCGACAUUCAGCCAACGAAUGGAUCCAAAUUCCCCAAAUCCAUUUAUGCACCGAAAGAACCCCUUGCUUACUAUCAAGAUCCCAAACGAUGAUGCCAUUUACAAUAAAAAGGGCAAGCACUACAAGAUUUCAAAACGAAAAAAUAGUUCGCUCAAAACGCCCUUUGUAACGGAGUUUGGGAACAGUGUUGGGAAUAAUAGUAGUAAAAAUGGAAAAAGAAAAGAAACGGAAAGUAAUGCUUCAGGAGUCAAAGAUAUUUCAGCAAUAGUAGGCGAGGAGCCAACGACGUAUGGGAGGUCCACGGCAUUUCAUCGUGUUUCUACAAUGAGGUCAUCACAAACCACGACGCAAUCACCAAAAAGACAUGUUGCGGAAUGCGAGGAUACUGCUGGAGCUUCAUUGUCUUCUCAAAGUGGUGAUGCUGAAGAAGUACACGACCCGUCCGAUAAAAUGCUAAAGGAAGAUUAUUAUCAUAAGGAAUUCUCAUUCGAGAAACGUUCAAAUAACGAUUUAGUAAUGUUCCCGUCAGAUCUUGGAUUUUAUCCGAAUGACAAUAACAAAGAUCUAAAUUCUCUGAGAAAAACCGAGCCGUCGUCAGACAAAGAUGUUAUUCAGAAUCUAUCAAUAUCAUUAUAUGGGGAUACUGCAGGAGAAUUAUUUUCAGCAACGAUUCCUCAAGGGUCGGUAAAAGAACAUUCGGAUGUUGGUGGACUAAACAGAGGGUUACUCUUGCAACAUUCAAUAUCCUCGUCAGCAUCGGUCAAAGGGAGUCCAUCAUCAUCACCGACACAACAAGUACCACGACGACAACAAAAGCAAAAAGUCAAGUCGAUAUCACCGAGUGUCAGUUUUGUGGACACUCCUGGUCAAUCUUCCAGUAAUAACUUGCGACUGGAGAAAAUUCCGGAAGAGAGACUAGAUCUAGAAUUUUUUCUCGUGGACGUAAAUUUACCGAUGACACCGUCGUUCGGUAUGACGUCGAAAACACAAAUAACAAAAUCCGAAAAAUCUUCAUCGGGCUCGUCGAACUCUCAUAAUAGCAUGGGCACAAUAUCGGCUAAUUCAAGAUAUUCCAAUAACAAUGGGUUCACAUUAACACCACGGGGAAAUAUUCCAUUGCAUUUGUUAAACAGAAAUUCGACUGGAUCAUUAUCAACUAAUAGUGGAAGCAAGGAUAGUCGUGGUUCGAGCAAAGGAUCAACGAUAGACUUUGGAUUUUACGAAGAGGAAAAAAUGAGAGAAUUUAGAAGACUUAUAAAAUCUUGGGACCCAGACAUCUCAAGAAUUUGA